AUGGAACACAGAUGUAUAAUCUGCACUGCAGCUCCAAACAUCCGAAUAAGUAAUCUGGACUACUGCGACACAUGCUUUGAAAAGCAGUUUCUUCACAAGGUUUUUCGACACUUCAGGAAGCUUCCUCGUGGAAGUAAAAUACUCCUCUAUCUGGAUGGAACACUCCAGUCACUUGUGAUAGCUCAUGCCCUUAGUCGAUUGAAGAACAGAUCGAUACACAAGUUCUCAGUGGCCUCCAGCUUCAUCCAGGAACUCAAGAACUAUCUUGGAGAUAUGGGUUUUUCUUCCUGGAUAGAUCUUCGCCCCGAGUCUGAUAAGUACGUCUCCUCUUCUACUAGGCUAGAUCCACUUCCUAGACAGACCAUUGAGAUAGCCCAAUCCCUGGGAUUUGACAUUGUUGUGUUUCAGGCAGAUGCCGAGAUAGAGUCUUUGAUUGCACUUCGGUCAAUCUGCAAUGGAUUAGGAGUGUCUGAAUCGAUCGAGUCGUAUGUCUCUGGAAUCCGAGGAAUCCGAGUGGAGAAUGCACUCAAUAGGAUUAGGUCGAAGGAAGUGGGAUAUUACUUCUACCUCAACAGAGGGGAAAUUCCUACUACCUGGACAAAACUCUCAAUGUCUACUAUGGAGGCGGCUCUCUUGAUGUUUAUCGAGAAGAUAGAAGACAGAAAUAACCUGGCAGUUUUCAACAUUCUGAACACAGUUAAGAAGAUCCAGGAGGGAAAGGAAGGGAUUGAUACCUCAGACGGAGGAGGUGAAUCAGGUGUGUGA